GAACACAAAUUCUUCACCAUUUGCGUCUUUCACCAAUUAAGGAAAAGAGUCGACGUCGGAGAAUAUGGAGUCACAGCAGAAGGCGGAGGAGGUGGAGGUGGUGAAUGAAACAACGUCAAGCUUCAAUCGCAAGGAUUUGGUGUUGAGGUUCUUAGCACUUGCACUUACUCUGAUUGCCACCGUCCUUGUUGGAGUCGAUAAGCAAACCGCAAACGUCACAAUCACACUUGUUCCGUCGUUGCCGCCGCUCAGCCUUCCCGUCACCGCUAAGUGGACUCAGAUGUCUGCAUUUGUGUACUUUGUGAUUGCGAAUGCAAUUUCAUGCUUCUAUGCCGCCAUGUCAUUGAUCCUUAUUUUGGCAACGAGAGGCGGACGAAAGCAUAUGUCAUUGAUGAUAACCAUUUUAGACUUGGUGGUGGUGGCGUUGCUGUUCUCCGCCAUUGGUGCCACCGGCUCUGUCGGUUUGAUCGGCUUCCUCGGCAACUCACAUGUGCAAUGGAAUAAGGUGUGUAAUGUGUUCGAUAAAUUUUGCCACCAGGUUGUCGUAGCUCUUUUUAUGUCAUUCGCUGGGAGCAUCGCUUAUCUUCUGCUUAUUGUUCUUGUUGCAUUACGCCUUCACAAGAAAUUCUGAGAGCAAAGAUUGGUUUAAUUCUAGCGAUUGAACAUGUAUUUUAUAUUCUUAUUGUUUUUCAUGUAUACGAAUCAACUCAUUUGCUUUCGGUUUCUAUGUGUCUUAAGCAACGAACACUAUUGUAUUAUAAAACUUGUUUUAAAGUCAAUAUAUACAUAUGUUUGGUUUCUA